AUGGCCGUGCAGUCGUUCGUCGCCGGCGUGGCGGGCUUCGUCAACACGUACGCCACGCCCGUCGCGCUGCAGAACAUCGGCUGGAAGACGUAUACCGUCUUCUUGGUCCUGCACGCGUUGGAGUGGGUGGCCUUGUAUUUCUCGCUGGUCGAGACAAAGGGCCGGAGCUUGGAGGAGAUCGAUGAGCUUUUCAAGAGCGAGCAUCCGAUUAAAGAGUCGUUGAAGAAGACAGAGGUCGUGCUGCAAAAGGAGAGGGGUGUUACCGUUGAGGUUGGGGAGGCGUGA